AAUGAAAUGCUGUUGGGCAUUUGUGGUGGCACUCGGAUUGUGUUUUCAACUGGGAGCGGGUAAUGUCGUUGACCACCAUCCGGGGCUGAAGAAAAUUCGACUUCCACUGGGUGAUCUCACUCACAUUUGUCGUGGACGCGAAGAGGGUGAAUUGGUGGCUCACCCACUGGACUGCAAUGGUUACUUUGCCUGUUCCCGGAUUCCCACUCUCAUGUACUGCGAUGAGGGGCUUCAGUUCGAUGAGGAUCGUCGGGUUUGUGAUCUCCCAGAUAACACCAUUUGCCGGCAGAGUGAUUCUUCUGGACAAGGUCAGAGUAGUCUAGCCGAAACCUCCGAGCUGCAGUGGUGGCCCCAUAAGCCCCGUCCCGUUUUCGUGGCCGUUGAUGUAAAUAGUGGGGAGCAAGUGAAUCCCAUGGAGAAGUAUGAUCCAAAGGACAUCGAAUGCCGGCACUUUGGCGCCUACUUCCUGCCCCAUCCCACCAAUUGUCGGCUGUACUUCAUCUGCGCCUACGGCCAUCUGCACCGUCACCAGUGUGGGCGUGGCACCCGGUGGAAUUACGAGAUGUCCGAGUGUCAGUUGAACGAUCAGGCCGUUUGCUACGGGCAUCCCAAGGACGAGGGUCCUGUGGAGGAGGUGGAUAUUAUUUUGGGGAGCACAACACCUAGCAGUGGAGCUCCGGUAACCGUUUGCUAUAUUGUGGGAUCCGGUGGACUCACCACUCUCCAGCAGCUGCUCACGGAUCCGGAAACCACCGAGGUGUCUACGGUGACCGUGCCGGUUCCUCCGCGGGCCGAGACCAGUGCCGCCGUUAACGCGGCACUCACGUGUCCCUCCAUCGAACAGAGCUAUAUGCCCCAUCCGGAGGACUGCAGCAAGUACUAUAUCUGCAUCGGGGGCAUGCCGGUGCUUACCUCCUGCCCCAAGGGUCUAUUCUGGGACCAGAAAUCGGGCUACUGCGAGAUGGAGAAAAAUGUCAAGUGUUUCCAGAAUUGAAA